UAACGGUGCUGUUAGAGCCUUGAAGUUGUAUGCAGGUUAUUAGAAGUCUUUUAAACUAAGUGUAGUUUACUGGCGGCAUUUCGUAGGGAAAAAAUAAGGGAAAAUGUCUUGGCCUUUGCCAUCAGCCUGCAGCUAUAUUUGCAUUUAUACUCAAACGGCCAAUUUCAGGUAUCUACAGAGUAAUUUUUGAAAAUAGCCCGUCAUUUUUUGUAAAGUAUUGUCACUCAGUGCAACAGGGUUGAUUUAGUGUUGAUAAGGUUGCUUUAUUAGCACCAUAUUCUUGCGUGGCUUGCUGAAAAAAUCUGGAAAGUGCUCAAAGUGGUGUCCAAAUUUCCUGGCUUUCUGCCUCAGUGUUGGCUUGAAUGUGAUAGCAUAGGUCUUACCAAAUGAAAAAACAAAACCAAAACCACACACCUGCCAACAAUUCAGUGUUUUUCUUCUAAGCUUGACAGGUGCUAUAUCCCUUUUUGACAUGCUUUGUCGUAGGACUUGCAGCAUUAUUGACUACACUUCUGUGGUACUGAUGAAGCAAAUGUAAUUUCUUUAGUUGUUAGGAAUUAGCUUGAUUGUAGUAUUAUUAAUUGCUUUGUGGUGAAAAAAAAACAAUGGCCAAGAUACAUACCAAUGUGCCUGAAAGAUAGCUGAACAAAUAACUUUUUGAAAAGUAGGGAAAUAGGAAAUUCCAUCCCCCCCAUAACUAUCUUCCAACUAUUGUUUUUAAAUUAAAAAAUAGUUAAAAUUCAUUGGUGCUCUCUGACUCUUCAGGACAAGAAAACAUAAGAACAGGCUUCUUGAUAGAGCAACUAAAAAUUCUUACUCAUCUACCGGUAGUAAUAUGUUACAUGGUAAACAGAAGUAGGGUUUUUUCAAGGUGGUAAAGCAGAAUCAGUACAGUACAAAUAAGUUGUUUAGCGGAGAAGGAAAUACUUGUUUUUGGAAACAGUAUUGUGCUGUUAUAGUCUUGAUUGAUUUGAGUGUUUAUGGAAGGAGUGUGUAUUUAGGAUUGACAGAAGCAAAGUAUCUGGAAUUGUUCCAUUUAGGAUUAAAGUUACGAUUAUAUAGUGAUAAAAAAUUAUUGAGCGGCGGUACGUUUCACAUUUGCACAAGUUUUCCUCUCCAUUUCUGGUUAAUGGUUAUCCUUUGUGUAGCUGUGCAUUGAAGUAUAACUUAGGUAAAUCAUUAUCUUUUUACCUUUAAGGAAUUAGUGGCCUUUUAUGUUUUGAAAAUGCUUGCACUUUUUGGUCCUGAUAUGAGGAGAUAAAUGAAAAUACUUUAAGCACUUAGUAGGCUAUCAGAACAGUUGAAACUUAGGCUACAGUCUGAAGCUUUCUGAAUGAAAAGGAAGGAAACUUGAAGUAGGGAAGGAAGUUGAAGUAGAAAUUGAAGUGUUUACUUACAUUUAAAAAAAAAUGAUGCUUUGAUAGUGGAAUUAAGCCAUUUUUCAGAUGAUUUAUUGCUCUGUCCUGCCUUAGUGUCUUAUCGUGUUCUUUUGCUUACUGUGUUUUUCCUACAGGGUCAGCCACUGAUCUGUUUCACAGCUGGCACAGAACUAGGGCUGAUGCUGGGUGGCAGUAAAGGCUCAGAAAUGAGCUGGCUGAGUGUCUGUGCUUCAGUGCAUCCCCUGUCACUGAAGAGAUUGUUUUGCAGUCACAGUCUGGAGCUUGUGUAUUGAUCAACCUCGGUCAUAUCUGGGGCUUGAAAGUCUGGCCAGGUGGAAGAAACUUAGAAUAAUUUGGUUUUUAACAAUAGGCCCAUCAAAGUUUGUGUGAGAUCUUUCAUUGCUGAGAUUCAUCAGUGCUGAGCUAACAAGAGGUUACUUCCUUGAACACAAUGAAGCAAAAUACACAGAGCGGAGAGAGAGAGUGUACACGUGCAUGCGGAUACCAAAAGAACUGGAAAAGUUGAUGUUUUUUGGAAUCUUUUUGUGCCUGGAUGCUUUUCUGUAUGUGUUCACCCUGCUUCCUUUGAGAGUUUUUCUGGCAAUGUUCCGGUUCAUCACUUUGCCUUGCUAUGGCUUACGCUCUCAUCGGGGCCUAACAGCAAGUGAUAGACGUUUGCUACAACCUGCUCAGGUAUGUGACAUUCUCAAAGGAGUUAUAUUGGUCAUCUGCUACUUCAUGAUGCACUAUGUUGACUACUCUAUGAUGUAUCAUCUUAUAAGGGGACAGUCUGUCAUAAAGCUCUACAUCAUCUAUAACAUGCUUGAGGUGGCUGAUCGUCUGUUUUCUUCAUUUGGACAAGAUAUUUUGGAUGCUCUUUACUGGACAGCUACAGAACCUAAGGAAAGAAAAAGAGCUCACAUAGGUGUGAUUCCUCACUUCUUCAUGGCAGUGCUGUAUGUCUUCCUGCAUGCUAUUCUUAUAAUGGUUCAAGCAACAACCCUUAAUGUGGCCUUCAACUCCCAUAAUAAAUCACUGCUUACGAUCAUGAUGUCCAAUAAUUUCGUUGAAAUAAAAGGAAGUGUCUUCAAGAAGUUUGAGAAGAACAAUCUUUUUCAAAUGUCAAAUAGCGAUAUAAAAGAGAGGUUCACCAAUUAUGUGCUGCUAUUAAUUGUAUGUCUAAGAAAUAUGGAACAGUUCUCAUGGAAUCCAGAUCAUCUUUGGGUGUUAUUCCCAGAUGUUUGCAUGGUGGUUGCUUCAGAAAUUGCGGUGGAUAUUGUGAAACAUGCCUUUAUCACUAAAUUCAAUGACAUCACAGCAGACGUCUACAGUGAAUACAGAGCCAGUCUUGCAUUUGACCUUGUUAGCAGUCGACAGAAAAAUGCAUAUACAGAUUAUAGUGAUUCGGUUUCCAGAAGAAUGGGUUUCAUUCCUCUUCCACUGGCUGUUUUACUCAUCAGAGUCGUAACAAGCUCAAUAAAAGUGCAAGGAGUCUUAGCUUAUGUUUGUGUUGUGCUGUUCUACUGCGGGUUAAUAUCUCUAAAAGUCCUUAACAGUAUUGUAUUGCUGGGGAAAUCAUGUCAAUAUGUAAAGGAGGCAAAAAUGGAGGAGAAAUUAUUCAAUCCUGUCCCUACUGCCACCCCAGGGAAAGCAGCUGGCAAACAGCAAAGCAUGUUUAAAUCUACCCAAGGAUUUUCCACAGAUGAAAAUGGAUCUACAUCAGUUACCAAUCAGCCUGUGCACCAGAAGGAGAGCGCGCCAUCUUUACUUGUAACAAGCAAUUCUGAUCAAUUCCUGACAACUCCUGAUGGAGAAGAAAAAGAUAUAAGCCAAGACAGUUCAGAAUUAAAACAUAGGUCUUCAAAGAAAGACUUGUUGGAGAUAGACAGGUUUACUAUUUGUGGAAACAGAAUUGACUAAGUUUGUUUUCGUUUUUGGUUUUGUUUUGUUUUGUUUUUUUAAUCAAUGUGCUAAGGAUACUGAGCUGUUGGGACAGCAGAUGCUACCAGAAUGGACAGUUGCCAAAAAAGGCACAUAAAUAUUUAUUUAAAAACUUAAAUUAUUAAUGGCAAAAAAAAUAUUAAUUUCUUUCUACAAGUAGCUUGGCUCGGUAUCUGGUCAGGUCGAGUAAGUGAUCUUUAACUUGCCUCUUGGAAAAUGUGGUGGAUCGUGAGUCUGUAGCCUGGUGGCAGAGCUGCAGGAUCACUUUUCUGGAAAAUAGGCUGGAAAAAAAAGCAUAAUCCUGCUCUGCGUUAUGAAACCAUUCUUCUAGAAGAUACUGCUUUUCAUGAAGGUUCCUCCAGUGUGAGGAUAAUCCUGGACAUGUAUGACAACUUGACCAGAAGCUUGCCUUUCCAGUUACAUGUUUUAUUAAACAUCUGCAAGCAGAAUUCAAAACCUGUGCUCAUAUCAACAAACACAUAAAGCAUUGGUACAUAAAACAGUAAGUCAAGAUAGUUAUUCUUGUGAAGAAAAAUCUUUUCAAGAUGUACCUUGAAAAUCUUGUAAUCAGAAUAAAAUUUUGCCUUUAAAUGAAAGACUUACUGCAUACUAUUUUAUCUAAAUAUUAAACACAAAGGAAGGAUCACAGUAAUGAAGGUUCUGCUUAACUGGGCAAAUAAGAAGCAUAAUAAUUUCUUACAUUGUGUGUCCUGCAAGGCAAAUUAUUUAUAAAAUUAUUUUUAAAAGCUGAGGAGUUUUUGUUGUAGGAAAAAAUAAUAAAGGGGCGCUUGAGGAAACACAGUGUGAAUUGCAGUGAGCAACUGUUGUGUUGAAACUGUGUGUAUGGCACUAACACAGCAGGAAAGAACAUUACACUGCUUUUGGGGUUUAACUCUGGGUAGAAUGACAUCUGUGUAUUAACUUGCCUGAGAACAUGCAUAUAAAAGCUCAUACAAACAAUCAGGUCGGAAUUACUCAUUUUAAUUGAUUGAGCUCAGACAAAUAGAUGGACAAGAUAUAUAAGGAGCAUUAAGGAAUUACAAUGCAUCUUAAUUUCUGGUGUGAGAUACAGUUGUGGGAGAAUUGAUGAAAGAUGGUUUGGAAUCCUCAAGACCAAGAAUGGAAUAAAUUUGAGCUCAAAACUUAGGCUGGAGACUUGUAUCAGAAGAGACCCUUUAGUUAAUGAUAAAUUAUUUAUAUAUUAUUGUUAAAACACAGCAUUAACUUCAAAUGCCUUUCAGAUAUUUAAGUAAGCACCAGUGCCACUUUCCAAGGGAAGUUACCAUAAAAGUACUUCAGUGCUGAACAAAUGAAGACAAAAUUUGCUCUUUGCUAAUUUCCUAAUUUGUCAGAGUGGGAAAGCCAAAGUUUAUUUGCUUUAUGAACAUGUGAAUGUUUAAUGCAUAUGCUAAUCCCUGAAUCUUGCAGGACUACAGUAAUAUAGCACGUGGAGACAGGUGGACGGAGUUACGGUGUAUCUGAGCAGACUUGGCCAUGAGGCGGCUUUGCCGUCCAGGUCAGUGCGUCUGCGCUGGUGGGAGCUUCUCCCUGCAGGCUUUGGGCCUCUCCCAUCAAGAGCAGCUGGAGUAACAGCCAAAAUCUGUGGUUACUGUUCAGGGAUGAGGGUGAAGAGGACUUGUGCUGGGGAAAAAGCUAAAGUUCUUUAAUUUUUGAUGUAUUUAUACUAAUUGGAGAUGUUCACACAUUGAAAUUCAGAUUAUCUGUCAAUUUGGUGUGUCUUAUUUUUGAAUUAUUUAGCAGUUGCUAAAGAAAGCUUGGAGUUGCUUUCAUUUUUUUCUGUUGAAUGACAUUCUGUAUCAAUUUUAUAAGUGCAUCUUGUGUGAAACUCAAUAAAAUUCAAUUUUGUAAUAUUUGUUUAAAAAAGGAAAA